CCACGCCGGCCGUGCUCGGGACGAGCUCGUGGUGCGCGGGGUUGGGGGGCGAACGUUUCUGGAAGGUUCCGGGCGGGCGCGCCGCCCUCCACGACGCGGCCGCGGUGGCGCCGCCCGCGACGCACUCGCAGGGACUCGCCCGGCGCAGCAGGGCCGGCUCCGGGGAGCGGGAGCGGGGGGCGCAGCCGGGGGCGGAAUCGGCGGCGAGCCUCGCCGCGGCCCUCGCGCGGGAGCGGAUCGUGAGGAGCGGCGGCUCCGAGGGGGAGGAGGAGGGGCACGUGCCGUUCUGGCAGAGGACCUGGUUCCUCGCGCUGCUGCUGGCGAUGGCCGCCGCGUCGUUCGCGAUCGCGCUGCUGCUCUACCUCGGGCUCGACCUCCCCGAGGCGUCGCCAGCGCAGUCCUACGCCGCUGAUCCGGACAGAGUCGUCGAGAUUACCUACGGAUCGGUGAUCAAGUUGAUGCAUGAGAGGACCAAAUUUCGGUUGCAUUCGCAUGAUGUGCCCUAUGGAUCUGGCAGCGGUCAGCAAUCGGUCACCAGUUUCCCCAACGUGGACGACGCCAAUAGCUUCUGGAUAGUGAGACCGCAACCAGAUACUUCAGCAAAACAAGGUGAUCCCAUAACACAUGGUACAAUUGUAAGGCUCCAACAUAUGAGAACUAGGAAGUGGCUACACAGCCACAUGCAUGCUUCUCCCAUUACGGGAAAUUUGGAGGUUAGUUGCUUUGGUGGUGAGAAUGAGUCGGACACUGGGGAUUACUGGAGGCUCGAGAUUGAGGGCAGUGGGAAGUCUUGGAGACAAGACCAGAGAAUUCGGUUGCGCCAUGCUGAUACCGGUGGUUAUCUGCAUAGCCAUGAUAGGAAGUACACCCGCAUUGCUGGUGGACAGCAAGAGGUAUGUGGUGUUGGCGACAAGCGCCCUGACAAUGUCUGGCUUGCAGCUGAAGGCGUCUAUCUCCCGGUGAACCAGGGAAAAUAGCUGCGUCUGCGUUGCAGGCCGGUAGGGUGAGACGUGCCAUGAUUAACACAGUAUGAUGCUUGUACGAUUUGAAAUAUUAAAGUUGUAAGUUGUAACCAUUAGAGUACAGUUCAGUUAAUUUUGAGCUAUUAGAGCAACUUUUGUUGUGUAUGAAGUUGCACAUGGUUUAGCGGCAGACUGUCACUUUAUACAUGGUUCUUUCCGGACUCCUUGUGUUCAAA